UAGAAAAUGGUAAUAAACAUUUAUAAAUUUUCAAGAUUUGAUAGUAUUGCAGCUGAUUUUCAUUUUUAUACACGCUAUUGUGAUAAUAUUUUGAAGAAAUAAUCAUUAACUGUAACACGCAAGACUAAAAUUUUGUGGCAGAAGUGAUCUGGCUUGUCAUCGAACUUGUUUCGAUUUCUGAAUGAUUGGAAGUUUACAGGCAAUAUAAUCUCAUGUUGCUUUUUGGUUAUGUUACUCGAAUAUUUUCACCCUCUGAUAAGUUUUGUUUCAUUUUUAUGCAUUGUGGAUGUUGUCACUUGCACAAGUCACGCCAACGGGCGAACGAAGCGGAACGGCAAUGCCCAAAGAAGAGAAACACGGAGAAGCAUUUCUGUACCUGUAACUGACACUAUGGGUGAACCUGUGACGAUGUAUGGUGGAAUGUUGGCAUGGCAACUCGGAAAUGUGACACUAAAUGAUUCGGAUAUCAAACAUUUGGUCAAGGUAGCUUUAGACUUCUUGAAAAGCCAAAGGGAGCAGACAGAGAGAAGAAGCACAGACUUGUACAAGGAGCACAAAAUCACAGAUCUGAAGAAAUAUAGAUUAGUGUAUUCCGAGGAUGACAGCACCCCAUUAUCAGUAUCAGUGGUGGAGCUGACAUCUGAUGGGGAAACCAGGAGAGGUGAGGGCCUGGCUUAUAUGGGGUUUUUAUACAAAUUCACCCUUACUCUGGGCAUUGAGAGACAUAGGUUUGAGAUGUCAGAAUUCACCACCGGGCAAACACAUAUAUAUAGCCAUAUUCCUGACGUUCAAAUGGCAGAUCAGCCUUCCUGUGUCAGCCAAUCAGGAAGCAGCAAGGCAGGAGCCACAGAUGGAGAUUCAGAUGAGCCUGCGUGUGAGAAAGUCUGUUCAGACAAACUUACUUUGAAAGUCCUUUCACAGAACAUUUGGAAUUUCUUCAAUGUGGAACAUACAGAAGAGGAUUAUGUCAGAAGAAUGAAAAUUCUUGGUCCAGUUCUUCAGUCAGCUGCAGCAGAUAUCAUUGGCUUGCAGGAAGUUCGUUAUCAACAUGGCAGCGGUUUGGAGUUAGGACCAAGUCAGAUGAGUCACCUGUAUCAUUAUUUACCUGACUAUCAGUUUAUCUUCCAGCCUGCUAUGACCCAGGGCAGGUCUAUCAAGAAAGGUCGUUGUGAGGAAGGACUGGCUAUUUUCUCGCGCUUUCCUAUUCUGAAUUAUGACUAUCUGUUACUAAACAGAAAUAAGAGUGACCCGACUGACGGCCAUCAGAGGAUUUGUCUGCAUGCUGAGAUAGCCGUGCCUUCUUUUGGUAAGGUGCACGUGUUUGUUUCACACUUGUCUUUGUCUGACAGUGCCAGGCAGAAGUCUGUGGUACAAAUCAGGGAGUACAUGCUGCAGUUUGAUGGACCUGCUUUCCUCCUGGGGGAUCUGAACGCUGAACCACAGGAAGAUUCCAUCAGAUAUCUGAGUGGUCAAGCAGAGUUGCAGAACAGUAGAGUGAGUGACCUACUGGACACAUGGCUGGUCAGUAAUGAAGAAGGCCCAUCUGGACUGACCUUCAGCUCUCUAGAGAAGAAGCCUGACAGAAGGAUAGACUACAUCUUCAUGAGGAAAUCAGGGGACAUAACUGUGGAUGAGAUAAAUCUGAUAGGAAGUGGCAAAUAUGGAUCUGGUGCUGCCUCUGAUCAUUAUGGAGUUCUUGCAACCUUUAGGACCAGUGAUGAUUAACCAGAUUUUUUUUUCAAUUUUGAUCAAGGUGUAAUGUUUAGUGUAAAUGAUGUCUUCUUAUCAGAAGAUUGAAGCAUCUUUGUAACAUAAGAUGUUUAUGCACAUCGGUAAAUAUUGUUGACUGGUUAAUGGACCAUCCGAUUGUUUCAGUGACCUUGAAAUUGACAGUUUUGGCACUUCCCUCUGGCUGGGCACUGAACACAAAGUCUGUGUCUGUGGUGUCUGUGGCAUGGCAUUUCAGUGAGGCAGCCCUAAAAUAUUUCAGCAUUGAGCCCAUCCUGCUACAAGGAAACACCAUUGUGAAUGACCAAAGUUUUGUUAAAAGCAAGGCUUAAACCCAAGCAUAACAGAAUAAAACUCUUUCUUUUUGCCUCUUUUGCUUAUCAGUCUUGAAAUUGUCAUAAUAUUCAGAUCAUUUUAUGAACAUUGUUCAGGAUUGCAGUACAUGAUAAAAUUUCUCACUGAUCAAGUGCUACCAUGUUUUUCACUCAUUCACCAUCAAAUAGUGUAUAUUUUGGCUAAAUAAGGCAGAGCAAGUGAUGUUUUUACUUUGGUGUGGCUGAGAGAAGUUAGCUAACAGAGAUAUUGAGUAAGUUGUGUAUGUGAAGCAACAGAAGCAAACGGAAUUGCAAAUCAAUCACAAAGCAUUAAUCCAUUGAGUAAUUUAGUGCACAUUAAGACUCACUACUGUAAAGAGAUCGCUGUCGUAAUGAGCAGUUGAGCAGGCAGUUUUGUUCAGUACAACAUUUGUUGAAAAUGACGGCUUCCCCCAAUGUGGAGAAUGCCGUCAACAGCAGGUUGUUCAACCAUUCUAACUAUCAUGUCAUGUUGGUUUUAACAGGACCUCAUGGGCAACAGUGAUAAUAUUUGAUGCAAGUGCUGUGAAACUGAUUUUCUGUACUUAAAGUUGAAUUUUGGAUGAAAAUCGAAUAUCUGUUCAUGCUUUAACUGAGCUAAUCCUAUAUUCAGUACGGUGGAAUGAUGAAAAGGUUUGUCGCGUGACUGAUGUCUAAAGUAGACCACAUAAAGCUCACAUCAGAGUUCCAAUAUUUCACUGCAUUUUAUUUGUUCCCAAAAAAUCUUUAUACUUAAGUAGAGGUAUAGAGCUUAAUGUGUUAUUCAGUGAUCUAAGCUUCAGUUUUCUGUUUUCUUUCACUUUAGCUAUAAUCACUUACUGUGAUGUACAUUGUCCACUAAAGAUGUUUAAUCUUCUUUGUCUCGUCACCUAAUAGCUGGGUUUCUCAGUUUAUUAUUUUGUUCUUUUUAUGCUAUGGUAAUGUAUCUUAAUUUACAGCUGAAUAUUGUGUGUGGAUAAAACAGGCUGUAAACCUUAACUCUGAUAAGAGAAUAAAAAUACCAAUUUCUGUGACUUAGUUUUCAGCGCUACCAAAAUAUUUCUGGCCAAUUUUUUGCAUUCCAUUAACUGAUUGAUUGCUUCUAAUAUAGAUCACAUGUAGUCUGGUCAGAAAAUU